AUGGCUGAACUCGACACUCUGGACAUCGUCGUCCUCGGCGUUAUCUUCCUCGGAACGGUUGCAUACUUUACAAAGGGCAAGUUAUGGGGUGUUACCAAGGACCCCUAUGCGAAUGGCUUCGCUGCCGGCGGUGCUGCUAAGCCGGGUCGCACGAGGAACAUCGUUGAGGCAAUGGAAGAAUCCGGCAAGAACUGUGUUGUCUUCUAUGGUUCUCAGACCGGUACUGCUGAAGAUUAUGCUUCUCGCCUCGCCAAGGAGGGUAAGAGUCGAUUUGGAUUAAACACUAUGAUUGCCGAUCUUGAGGACUACGAUUUCGACAACCUGGAUACCGUCCCAAGUGACAACAUCGUCAUGUUCGUUCUCGCAACUUAUGGUGAAGGCGAGCCUACCGAUAACGCGGUCGACUUCUAUGAGUUCAUUACCGGCGAGGAUGCCAGCUUCAAUGAAGGCAAUGAUCCGCCGCUGGGCAACCUCAACUACGUUGCUUUUGGUCUUGGAAACAACACUUACGAGCACUACAACUCUAUGGUCCGCAAUGUCAACAAGGCUCUCGAGAAACUUGGCGCUCACCGCAUUGGUGAAGCUGGUGAGGGUGAUGAUGGUGCUGGUACCAUGGAAGAGGAUUUCUUGGCUUGGAAGGAUCCCAUGUGGGAAGCCCUUGCUAAUAAAAUGGGACUGGAAGAGCGUGAAGCCGUCUACGAGCCCAUCUUUGCCAUUAACGAACGCGACGACCUGACUCCUGAAGCCAAUGAAGUGUAUCUCGGUGAGCCCAACAAGCUUCACCUUGAAGGCACCGCCAAGGGACCAUUCAACUCUCACAACCCCUACAUUGCCCCUAUCGCUGAAUCUUACGAGUUGUUCUCCGCCAAGGACAGAAACUGCCUCCACAUGGAAGUUGACAUCAGCGGUUCUAACCUCAAGUACGAGACUGGAGACCAUAUUGCUAUCUGGCCUACCAACCCUGGUGAGGAGGUCAACAAAUUCCUGGAUAUUCUCGACCUCUCCGGCAAGCAGCACAGCGUUGUCACUGUCAAGGCUCUCGAGCCAACCGCCAAGGUUCCUUUUCCCAACCCUACAACCUACGAUGCCAUUCUGCGAUACCACCUCGAGAUCUGCGCUCCUGUUUCGCGUCAAUUCGUCUCUACUCUCGCCGCAUUCGCUCCCAACGAUGAUAUCAAGGCUGAGAUGAACCGCCUUGGUAGCGACAAGGAUUAUUUCCACGAGAAGACUGGUCCGCAUUACUACAACAUUGCCCGUUUCCUCGCCAGCGUCAGCAAGGGCGAGAAGUGGACCAAAAUCCCCUUCUCUGCCUUCAUCGAGGGUCUCACCAAGCUCCAGCCCCGUUACUAUUCUAUUUCUUCCUCGUCUCUGGUUCAGCCCAAGAAGAUCUCCAUCACUGCCGUCGUUGAGUCCCAGCAGAUUCCUGGCCGAGAUGAUCCUUUCCGUGGUGUUGCCACAAACUAUCUUUUUGCCCUAAAGCAAAAGCAGAACGGCGACCCCAACCCUGCACCUUUCGGUCAGAGCUACGAGCUUACAGGCCCCCGCAACAAGUAUGAUGGCAUCCACGUUCCUGUCCAUGUUCGCCACUCCAACUUCAAGCUUCCCUCGGACCCUGGUAAGCCUAUCAUCAUGAUCGGUCCUGGUACUGGUGUCGCUCCCUUCCGCGGAUUCGUUCAGGAGCGUGCUAAGCAAGCCCGUGAUGGUGUUGAGGUUGGAAAGACACUCUUAUUCUUUGGUUGCCGAAAGUCAACAGAGGAUUUCAUGUACCAGAAGGAGUGGCAGGAAUACAAGGAGGCUCUUGGCGAUAAGUUUGAGAUGAUCACCGCCUUUUCUCGAGAGGGCUCCAAGAAGGUUUAUGUCCAGCACCGACUUAAGGAGCGAUCCAAGGAGGUCAGCGACCUGCUCUCCCAGAAGGCUUAUUUCUAUGUCUGCGGUGAUGCAGCCCACAUGGCCCGUGAGGUCAAUACCGUCUUGGCACAAAUCAUUGCCGAGGGACGUGGGGUCUCUGAGGCCAAGGGCGAGGAGAUCGUGAAGAACAUGAGGUCAGCGAACCAAUACCAGGAGGAUGUUUGGUCAUAG